CAGCUGGCAGGCUACGAGGACAGCAGUGCCGCCCUCGGGGACAACUCCAGCUCCCCCAGGAACGGGACAGAGCCCUGUGACCGCAGCUGCUACGCCAUCACCGUGGCCCUCUCCUUGAGCUUCCUGGUGGGCCUCUACCAGAUCCUGCUGGGGGUUUUACAGAUGGGCUUCGUGGCUGUCUACCUGUCAGAGCCUCUGCUGGGUGGCUUCGUGACAGGCUCCAGCCUCACCAUCAUCACCUCCCAGAUGAAAUACCUGCUGGGCCUGAAGAUCCCCCGGCACGAGGGGGUGGGCUCCUUCAUCCUCACCUGGGUGGACCUCUUCAGGCACAUCCGCAACACCAACAUCUGCGACCUGCUGACCAGCCUGGUGGCCUUGGCCAUCAUCGUGCCCGUCAAGGAGCUCAACGAGCGCUACAAGGAGAGGCUGAAGGCCCCGUUCCCCAUCGAGCUGCUGGUGGUCAUUGCAGCCACCCUCAUCUCCCACUACUUCGACUUCGAGCGGCGCUACAAGGCCGCCGUGUGUGGGGACAUCCCCACGGGCUUCAGGAAGCCCACUGUCCCAGACUUCAGCCUGUUCCCCAGCCUGGCACUGGAUGCUCUGCCCAUUGCUGUCAUUGGCUUUGCCAUGACCGUGUCCCUGGCAGAGAUCUUUGGCAAGAAGCACGGCUACGCCGUCAGCGCCAACCAGGAGAUGAUCGCCAUCGGCAUGUGCAACCUCAUCCCCUCCUUCUUCUACUGCUUCGCCAGCUCUGCUGCCCUCACCAAGACCCUGCUGAAGGAGUCCACGGGGAGCCAGACCCAGGUGUCCGGGCUGGUCACCUCGCUGGUGCUGCUGCUGGUGCUGCUGUGGAUCUCCCCGCUCUUCUACUCGCUGCAGACCUCCAUCCUCGGCGUGGUCACCAUCGUCAACCUGCGGGGUGGCCUCAGGAGGUUCCGGGACACGCCCAGGAUGUGGCAGCUCAGCAAGCUGGACACGGCGGUGUGGUGGGCCACCAUGCUGUGCUCCACGCUGGUCACCACGGAGAUCGGGCUGCUGGUGGGCGUUUGCUUCGCGCUGCUCUGCAUCAUCUUCCGCACGCAGCGCCCGCGCGCCACGCUGCUGGGCAGGGUCAGGGACAGGGAGGUGUACGAGGACCAGGCCGCCUACAAACAGCUCAGCAGCAUCUCCAACAUCAAAAUCUUCCGCUUCGAGUGCUCCCUCUACUACGCCAACAAGGAUUACUUCAAGGCCGUGCUCUACCAGAAAACCGGGCUCAACCCCGUGCUGCUGGCUGCCAGCCUGGGGAACCGGGCACGGCCAGAGCCAGGCAGCUCCAGGGGCUGCUGUGGCUGCCCGAGACAGGGUAGGAGCAGGGCUGAGAGCCCUCCAGGAGAUGCCUGUGCCCCCUCCCCGGACAUGCACACCCUGAUCCUGGACUGCGGGGCCAUGCAGUUCAUAGACACCGUGGGUCUCUCCGCGCUCAAGGAGACGCACCACGACUACGAGGAGGUCGGAGUGCAGGUGCUCCUGGCCAACUGCAACCCCUCCAUCCGCCAGCGGCUGCGGGAGGGAGGCUGGGCCGGCCGGGCAGGCGGCGCUGGGGGCCAGCUGGCCUUCCACAGCAUCCACGAUGCCGUGCAGUUCGCUGAGAGCCGGCGCCGGGGGGACAGCAGGGACAAACGGGCUGCUCCCCCGGAGCCCGAGGAACAACAGGACUUCCAGGUGUCUCUGUAGCCCUGGGUGCGAGCAGAGGUUUCUAACGGGAGCAGGUUCGGUGUUUGUGCCGUCAGAGCGAGCAGGAGGGGCUGGGAUGCUCUG